GUAUCACGUGACUUCAUUCAAAUUAAAUUAUUCAUUGGCUUAUUGUCUUCUUUCCCGAGUCUUUUCCAGUUUUCUUUCUCAUCUUCAAUCAAGAAAGAAACAAAUGGCAGCUGCUCCACCAGGCUAUGCACCUCAGCCCGGAUAUGCUCCUCAACCUGGCUAUGCCCCAGCUCAGCCCGGCUACCCUCCUCCUCCACCAGGUCCCCAGCCACAACAAGUUCAAUGGAUGCCAGCUCCCCAGCAAGGUCCUCCAGGCUGUCCUCCUGGUCUAGAAUACCUCACACAAGUUGAUCAGCUUCUGGUUAAUCAACAGAUUGAACUACUAGAGAUAAUGACUGGAUUUGAGACUCAAAACAAGUACAAGAUACGUAAUUCUCUGGGACAGCAGGUCUACUUUGCUGCUGAAGAUUCUGAUUGCUUGACACGUCAGUGUUGUGGACCCUCUCGUCCUUUUGCCAUGCAAAUCCUUGACAAUAACCAGAGAGAAGUCAUCCAUCUUGAGAGACCAUUGCGCUGUUCCUCCUGGUGUUGCUUCUGUUGUCUCCAGACAAUGGAGGUACAGUCUCCCCCUGGAACUGUCAUUGGUUACAUAGAGCAGGAUAUAAGCUUUGUGUAUCCUUGGUUCUCAUGAAGAAAUGCUGAUAGAGAGACUGUUCUCAAAAUCAAGGGACCACUCUGCCCUUGCAAAUGUUGUUGGGAUGUGGAGUUCCAAGUAUUGUCAGCUGAUGGUACACAGGAGGUUGGUAAGAUCAGUAAGAAAUGGUCUGGGCUAGCUAAAGAGUAUUUCACUGAUGCUGACAACUUUGGAGUCACAUUUCCUAUGGACUUGGAUGUGAAGAUGAAGGCUGUUACACUAGCUGCAACAUUCCUUAUUGACUUUAUGUUCUUUGAGGACAAUCAAAACAACAGAAACAAUUAGAUAUGUUUUAUGCUGCAUUUAUUGCUAAACGAUAAAGAUAAACAAAGGAAAUAAUAUUAUUAUUGUUUAACUUGUCUAUUUGUCAUUCGUCUUGUUCACUGUCAUCAUUAGUCGACUUGCUAUCUAUCA